UUGCGAGGCUGGGACCGAGACGGUCACGUGACGCGAGGGGCGCCAUGGGGUGAUGUGAGAUGCGGGUCUCUCCGAUUACAUACAAAUGACGCAUUCUCACCCCUUUUGGCAAGACGUUUCCGUUGGAAGAUGCGAUGGUUCCGGUAAAGGGGGAGGGUUCUAGCGUCCAAGCAGUUUGGCUUCCGUUCGGGGCGCAAUAGCUUCCGACCUCGCCUUUCCCUCGGGCGAGGAAGAGACGCGACCUGCCGCGCAUGCCCCAACCAUCCCCAGAGGGGCGGGGCUGAGGCUACGGGUGCGGGAGGGGGAGAAGAAAAGGGAAUUCCAACCUGUGGAACUUUGGGGGGUACUGAGGUCGACUCCUUCCCAUUGACUGUGGACAGUGCGAGGGGCAGGGCCUUUGGCGGCUCAUGAGGGUGUUGGGGUUCGCAGGGUGAGAGAGGGGACUGUCAGUGCGAGUUGGGUGCGGGACUUCCAAACUUAGAAUCUUGAGGCCCUUGGGGCUCAGACGCCGGGGAGAGAGCUCCGGCCGCCAUGCGGGACAGGACCCGCGAGCUGAGGCAGGGGGAUAACAGUUCGGACGAUGAGGACAAGGAGCGAGUCGCGCUUGUGGUACACCCGGGCACAGCACGGCUGGGGAGUCCAGACGAUGAGUUCUUCCAGAAGGUCCAGACAAUUCGGCAGACUAUGGUCAAACUGGAGAAUAAAGUCCGGGAGUUGGAGAAGCAGCAGGUCACCAUCCUGGCCACGCCCCUUCCCGAGGAGAGCAUGAAGCAGGACCUGCAGAACCUGCGUGAUGAGAUCAAACAGCUGGGAAGGGAGAUCCGCACCCAGCUGAGGGCCAUAGAGCCUCAGAAGGAGGAAGCUGAUGAGAAUUUUAACUCGGUCAACACAAGAAUGAGAAAAACCCAGCAUGGGGUCCUGUCCCAGCAAUUUGUGGAGCUCAUCAACAAGUGUAAUUCAAUGCAGUCUGAAUACCGGGAGAAGAACGUGGAGCGCAUUCGGAGGCAACUGAAAAUCACUAAUGCUGGAAUGGUUUCUGAUGAGGAGCUGGAGCAGAUGCUGGACAGUGGGCAGAGUGAGGUGUUUGUGUCCAAUAUUCUGAAGGACACACAGGUGACUCGACAGGCCCUAAAUGAAAUCUCAGCCCGACACAGUGAGAUCCAGCAGCUUGAACGCAGCAUCCGUGAGCUUCAUGAGAUCUUCACUUUUCUAGCUACUGAGGUGGAGAUGCAGGGGGAAAUGAUCAACCGGAUAGAAAAGAACAUCUUGAGCUCAGCAGACUAUGUGGAACGUGGGCAGGAACAUGUCAAGAAAGCUCUAGAGAACCAGAAGAAGGCGAGGAAGAAGAAAGUCAUGAUUGCCAUCUGUGUGUCCAUCACUGUUCUCAUCCUGGCUGUCAUCAUUGGCAUCACCACAGCGGUUGGAUAAUGUUGCACAUUCUUGGUCUCUGGUUCAAGGGAAGUCACAUCUGGACAUGAUUAGAGAGUUGUAAAGAUCUACCAUGAUUAGAUGGGUCAUUUGGGUUGUCUCCCUUGGGGAGGAGAUGCAUUUGUUUUGUAUAUAGAAAACAAUGCAAAGGCAAAAAUUGUGAUGAAGAGGAAUAUUUUAUAAUUGUUCAAAAACAUUAACUGGUGCUCCCUAUGGGGCUCAAUCACAUCAAAAGAUUAUUCCCACUCCACUGACAUCAGGUUUGGAUAUAUGGCUUGCUUUAGCCAAUGGAACUUGAGUGGAUAUGACACAUACCAUGUCUGUGAAGUUAGAGCCAACACAGGCCAGGCAUGGUGGUACACACCUGUAAUCCCAGCAGCUUGGGAGACGGAGGCAAGAGGAUCCAAGUUUAAAGAUGGUCUCAGCAACUUAGUGAGGCCCUAGGUA